ACUCACACUGGGGACAAACCUUAUAAAUGCUUGGAGUGUGGAAAGAGCUUCAGUCGGAGUAGCCAUCUUACUUCGCAUCAAAGAACUCACACGGGAGACAAACCUUAUGAAUGCUUCGAGUGUGGAAAGAGCUUCAGUCAGAGUGGCCAUCUUACUUUGCAUCACAGAACUCACACAGGAGACAAACCUUAUAAAUGCUUGGACUGUGGAAAGAGCUUCAGUCAGAGUAGCCGCCUUACUUCGCAUCAAAGAAGUCACACAGGAGACAAACCUUAUAAAUGCUUGGAGUGUGGAAAGAGCUUCAGGUGGAGUAGCGCCCUUACUUCGCAUCAAAGAACUCACACAGGGUACAAACCUUAUAAAUGCUUGGAGUGUGGAAAGAGCUUCAGUCAGAGUGGCCACCUUACUUCGCAUCAAAGAACUCACACAGGGGACAAACCUCAUACAUGCUUGGAGUGUGGAAAGAGCUUCAGCUGGAGUAGCGCCCUUACUUCACAUCAAAGAAUACACACAGGAGACAAACCUUAUGAAUGCUUGGUGUGUGGAAAGAGCUUCAGUCAGAGCAGCAGCCUGACUUUGCAUCAAAGAACUCACACAGGGGAUAAACCUCAUAAAUGCUUGGAAUGUGGAAAGAGCUUCAGUCAGAGCAGCAGCCUGACUUUGCAUCAAAGAACUCACACAGGGGAUAAACCUCAUAAAUGCUUGGAGUGUGAAAAGAGCUUCAGUCGGAAUGACCAGCUUACUUUGCACCACAAAACUCACACAGGAGACAAACCUUAUAAAUGCUUCGAGUGUGGAAAAAGCUUCAGUCAGAGUAGCGCCCUUACUUCGCAUCAAAGAAGUCACACAGGGGACAAACCUUAUAAAUGCUUCGAGUGUGGAAAGUGCUUCAGUCAGAGUGGCCACCUUACUUUGCAUCAUAGAAGUCACACAGGGGACAAACCUUAUAAGUGCUUGGAGUGUGGAAAGAGCUUCAGUUGUAGUAGAAACCUUACUUUGCAUCAAAGAACUCACACAGGGGAUAAACCUCAUAAAUGCUUGGAGUGUGAAAAGAGCUUCAGUCGGAAUGACCACCUUACUUUGCACCACAAAACUCACACAGGAGACAAACCUUAUAAAUGCUUCGAGUGUGGAAAAAGCUUCCGAUGGAGUAGCUCCCUUAUGGUGCAUCAUAGAAGUCACACAAGGGACAAACCUUAUCAAUGCUUGGUGUGUGGAAAGAGCUUCAAUCAGAGUGGCCACCUUACUUCGCAUUACAAAACUCAUACAGGGGACAAACCUUAUAAAUGCUUCGAGUGUGGAAAAAGCUUCAAAUGGUGUAGUGCCCUUACGGUGCAUCAAAGAUCUCACACAGGGGACAAACCUUAUAAAUGUUUGGAGUGUGGAAAGAGCUUCAGUCAGAGUGGCCACCUUACUUCGCAUCACAGAACACAUACAGGGAACAAACCUGAUACUUGCUUGUAGUGUAGAAUGGCUACCUUCAGGCACAUCAAAGGAUCCGUUCAAAGGAAGAGAUGUAUAGAUGCUUUGAAUUUGGAAAAAGCUUUAAGCGGAGUUCAACUCUUUCUGUGCAUCAAUGGAUCCAUAUGGGGAAGCCAGGCUACCAACAGGAUUUUUAUGGGGAGUUUCAGACCCCUGACAAUCUUCUUCUCUGAGCUUAACCACAGACUGUUCCACUUCCCUUCACCUGCUAUUUUGGUGGCGUGUCAGUUUUUGCUUUGCAGUGACAGAGAGGUUUUAGUUUUCCAGAGAUGGGUGAGCACCCAAGGUGGAUGCUGAGGCCAAGGUGGCUGCAGGAGCCAAAAUGGCCUCUCAGUUGUCCAGUUUUUCCCCAUCAUAUCCCCCCUCUGGCAGUUUCUAGCUGCCCAAUUCAAUAUUCAAUUAAUGACAUUUCAAGUCUUACUUUAUCUACUUCCUCUAGAUCCUCCACCUCUGUCUUUGUUACCUCCAUGUGCAUCAUUCGAACAUCAGUUUUCGUGAAGGGGUUAGUAGUGUUUGUCACACAGCAUCUAAUACAACAUAACACCAACUGGACUGUUACAUAUAUGAGCACCAGCAAGA